AUGGACCAGCCAUUAUCGUUUCAGCCAUCCGGUGACCUACAUCUCUCGGGCUACGAGGAUAAACAGCAUGGUACCUUGCUAUUCAGCCAAAACCGACGUUUCGUGCCGCACUCACCGACCUCUAAUAUUACCUCACUGCUGCAAACCUCAUCUUCUCCCCAGACUGAAUCAUCUAUUUCCCAAGGAACUCAGAUGCUGCAGGGGCAAUUGCCUGUAUCUGGCGACGUGUUCCUCGAGAAUCGUUCUAGCCAAAAUCGAAAGAAACAAAAAACAACAACUCCCUCUCCAUCCAAAACACAGAAUCCACAGAAACGUCAGCGUUAUAAGGCAAAGCCGGCCCUAGUCAAAAAACGCGGAGAACUACGAGAUGCUGAAAGCCCAUCAAGUGGAGUUCCGGAAGAUCGCCGUCGUAUACAGGUUCGCCUAGCGCAAAGGGCGUUUCGCUCUCGCCAGCGGGAUGCCAUGGCCGGCCUCAAUAACCGCAUUUCCCAGCUAGAGACCAUCCUGGAUCAAAUGAGCCAUACUGUUCUGUCAUUUAGCGGUCAGCUCGUUCAAUCUGGGGUACUGGCGCCGUACUCUGACUUGACCACCCACCUACAUGAUACGAUAAAGACCUUUCAUGCUUUGGCAUCCGAAGCAAACCCCGACCCCGAGACACAGGUGUCUAAUGCCCCCUCGCAUAGUGAAGACUUGCCUCAAUCUUCAUCUCCCAGGCUCAUAACGACCCCACCAUCCAACAUACCUCCUUCUUUGUCCCUUGAUCGCAGCGGAUCUGAUCAUUUCACCAGUGACAGCUUCCCACAUACCCUCGAAUCACCAGGGAUUUCAGUUAUAGAAUUACCUGGUUUUAUUGAAAGACUGAAUUUGGCAUGUCUCUACCAGGGGAAGUUGGCUUUAUGCGAUCACUCUAUCGGUUUACAUCAUCUUCAAAAACCAUUUGGGUUCCUUUUCAGUAUGAUGAAUCGGGAACGCGCCACGGCUUACUUCAAAGCGAAAUUAGAUGCCCAAGUGAACCAGAGCCCAUUAAAUGGGUGGGCGGAAGUCCCCUUCUUCGCCUUAGGUAGUGCAGGAACCCACUAUCCCCAGCUCUCAUUGCACAACCAGGGGAUAAGCCACUGUUUCCGCGGUUAUCAUGAAUGGGAUAUAGUUAGGGAUCCCUUAUCGCUUGUCUCGCCAGAUAUUCAAGAGCAGCUAAAAGGGGAUUGGUUUGACUUGCAAGACCUGGAGGGAUUCCUCCGGGAGAAAGACGUGAUUCUGAUUUUGCGUUCUGAUGAGCCAAAUCAGGGCUCACCGACGAAGACCACUGUCAACAUCGCACGACUGAUACCAGGUAAUAUGGGAAUCUGCUUAGGUCGCACGCCUGGGUUUCAACGUGAUGAUGUGGAGAAGGCCUUGCAGCAUGCAAAAAUAUCAUGA